CCGGGGCAGAGGCGGGCGGGGGAGGGGGCACAGCGCCCCCUGGCGGCUCCGCCGCCCAAUGACAGCGCUGGGGGGGGGAGGGGGGGAUUGAAGGCUUCGCCGGCGCGCGGGGGUGACGUCAGUCGGGCGGCCGUCGGCGCGGAGCAGCCGCCAUGGGGAAGAGCCGGUCGCGAGCGGCGAAGGCGGCGAGUGUGUUCCGCAUCGCUCGCAGCGGCGCCGUCAAGGCCAAGGCCAAGGGCAAGGCGCGGCCCGUCACCUCCGGGCUGAAGCAAAUAAACAUUAGAAAUGCUGAGAAAGUUAACACAAUAAAUAAAGCAUUCGCUGAAGUUCAAAAAGAAGUACAGCAGCUAUCAAAAGGCACUGCAGCAGAACCUCAGAAAAGCCAUCAGGUUUCCAAACAUAUGGAAGAGGAACCAGCAAAUGUGGAUGCUGCCACAAGCCUAUUAUCUCAGUUGUAAUGGACAAUGAAAGGAUCGCAAGAAAUGAAGGUCAAGAACCCUGAUGGCUUUGUUUGUACAAUUUUAUUAAAAAAAUCUUGUUAAUAUACAAGUAUUGGCACACUUUAAUACAAACUACAAACAGACCUUUCCUAUCAUCUAGGAAAGUGGAAUGUCAGAAGUCAGUGUGAGAAACUUAAAGUGCUAAAACAGAAGGCACUUCACAAAAUUGGUUCACUGAAACAAUUUAGCAUAACUCAAGUUGAUAUCCUUCACUUUACAGCUUGGCAGUGAAAGCUUCAAAAUUGAUUGAAAGGUUAAAAAAAAAUAGAAAGCUUCUUGGCAGUAAAGCUUCAGAGAAAAUGCUGUUAACUGUGAGCAAGAAGCCUAAUCAUUUUUUUAAAAAAAUGAUCAAACGGCUAUAAAGCAUUUUCACUUUUCUUACUAAAGAAAACUCCAAAUAAUUGGAUUACACAGAGGACACUCAGGUGAAAAAACGUGCCAGAAUUUUUGAUAAAAGCCCUUUUUUCUGGUUGUUGAAUUUGUUUUGUGAAGUCAUUAAAGGAAGCAAAAGGAAAUAUACUCCCAGAGUCAGUGAACUAAGUUGUUAUACAUUCAUUAUUCAAAUACUUAGGUUAUGAAGAAGUCUAGAAUGUUAUAGUUAGAGGUAGAUAAGUAGUCUGGUUGACACAAUAUCUAAUAAUUUAGUAUCUGCACAUCAAAGAGAUCACAGACUCCUUCAUUAUCAUCCAGGUUAAAGUUGUAGUCAUCUCCGGGAGUAGGAGAGAGUCGUAAGAGAGGAAAAACUGUAAAGCAGGAAUAGUUUAGUUUAAAUUAAAACACUUGUGGAAUAUUAGCCCUAUCUCAUAAUUCAGUAUGUUUGUCAUCACCAGUAUCAGGGUUAGUCUUAAUAAUUAAAAUAGUCUUGAUAAUCUGACAAGCAUGCUAGAGUACAUAUUGUGAACACCUAUACUGCCUUCAAACUAAGGCAGUGACAUCCCUAUUUCAGUGAAUUUGCUGGAAUGGAGCAAUAGCUGUGGAAUAUGGACUUAAUCUCUCCUUCUGCAAAGGAGCUCCUGAGCAGCUUUUGAAACUUUCAUCAGCGAGCCAUCAAUUAUAUUUAUAUUCCUUUGUCUUGUUACAGUAUAGCAUACAUCAGCCUUCAAAUAUUUAUCAUUUUAAGUAAGGAAGUUACCAUUAUCCCUAUUUUACAGAUGAAAAAUGGAGGCUAGCAGUUUCCCUGUGCACUGCAUUUCAAGCAUGGACUUGAAGCUGUCUUUGGGGAGAGAACGCAAGAAGAGAUGCCUCAGCCCUCGUGCUGCGCCUCAGGAAUGCUAACCUCGUGCAGAUGAGCUGGGCAUGCUGUACCUGCUCUAAAAGUGGAGACUGUUUCCAUUUAAGCAAUGUAUUGGCACAUUCACAUAAUCCCAUGUUGCCCCUCGGAUCUUAUAGUUACAUGGUUCUUUCUGGAUAAGCCCUGAGGUUGUCUGCUUGAAGGGCAGAUAUUAGUAGAGGCUAUUCACAGCAACAUAUUUAGAGGGCAAGAGGAAGAACAGCAGCUGAGUUCUCCUCUUUGCCUGGCACCUUCAUGAGACAGAGCAGACAGGCAGGGACCAUGUGAACUCAGUAUCUGUGGUUCAGUUCUGCACUUGUGUGGCCACCAAGGUGCAAGAGCAGAAAUGUGUGACAUUUGUUCUGUGAGCGUGCCACAGCUGGCCAUGUAUCAGUCAGCGUGCAGGCAUGUAAGUAUGUUCUGAAAUGUUUACUCAAAGCUCCUGCAGGAAGCCUGAGGCAGAACAGAAUUAAACCAGAUUUUUUAAGGGAGCACUCUAGUCAUCAGCCUGUUCUUUCUUCCUGAAUUAAGGACUGGUGGGUUAUUCAUGCAUGUAAGUGCUUGCUGGAUUAAGGCUUUUGUAUUUUGAUUGUUAAAUAAAAUUGUUGCAGGGAAUGGAAAGGGGAGCAAAGACAAGAAUGACAGAGAGGAGGCAGUACAGGGGAAGGAAGUAGUUUCAUACUGACUCUUGGCAUCAGAUUUAACAGACACCUACCAAGAGUGCUGCUCGCACAAAACCCGUGCUGCUACUUGUGAUUAUUAGACAAGUAAAGAUGCUAAAUACUUACCGUCAGAAGACAUGAGUUCAUCAAUAAUAUCCCCGCUGAUAUUUCCUGUGAAAGACAGGAGCAUGUGUUUAUGGAAGUCAACACAUUCUCUGCAUUAAAACACUGAAUUGCAAAGUACAUUACGGCUCACGUGCAGUGUAGGAGCUAUGGAGAUAGCACGCCAUGUAUACAUAAAAUAUAUUCAGCUUUGUAUCCCUCAGUUUUUCUUGAUACAUUUCUCCCACUGAUCCCUUACAACCCUAGAGCCACGUAUAAUAUGAAGCUUAUUUGGUGGCAGAGAAAGGUAUUUUGCUCAAAAUGAGUUUGCUACUGAGAGCUGGCACAGUUGCUUCAUUAGGAGACGAAUAAAGGCCGGUCAUUUCCUCUGUGGGAAAAGUGCUCAUCUUUCCCUCUGUGUAACUUAGCGGUAGCUUGGUCACAAAGGAUGGCUCAGGAAAUUAAUAAAAACAUUUAAACA